AUGGCGUCAUUUAAUAAAAAAGGUAUUGUAAAAAUUUUUGAAAAAUGUGUAAAGAACAAUUUAUUAAAAGAUAAAAGUCGUUACUUAAGUACAAGUAAAAUAAAUUGCAACAGAGCAUCAGGAGAUAUAAUAGGUAUUGAUUUAGGUACAACAAAUAGUUGUGUUGCAAUAAUGGAAGGAAAACAAGGAAAAGUUAUUGAAAAUUCAGAAGGUUUUAGAACAACACCUUCCGUUGUUGCUUUUACAAAUGAUAACCAAAGAUUAGUUGGUAUAGUUGCAAAAAGACAAGCAAUAACUAAUCCGGAAAAUACAGUUUAUGCAACAAAAAGAUUUAUAGGUAGAAAAUUUGACGAAGAAGCAACUAAAAAAGAACAAAAAAAUCUACCCUAUAAAAUUGUUAGAGCACCAAAUGGAGAUGCAUGGAUAGAAGCACAAGGAAAAAAAUACUCACCAAGUCAAAUCGGUGCAUGUGUUUUAGAAAAAAUGAAAGAAACUGCUGAAAAUUAUUUAGGAAGAAAGGUACAUCAAGCUGUUAUUACAGUCCCAGCUUAUUUUAAUGAUUCACAAAGACAGGCAACUAAAGAUGCAGGAAAAAUUGCGGGGUUAGAUGUUUUAAGAAUUAUAAACGAACCCACUGCAGCUGCUUUGGCAUUUGGAUUAGAAAAAAGUGAUGGAAAAGUUAUUGCUGUAUAUGAUUUAGGAGGAGGUACUUUUGAUAUUUCUAUUUUAGAAAUUUUAGGUGGUGUUUUUGAAGUAAAAGCUACUAAUGGUAAUACUUCAUUGGGAGGAGAAGAUUUUGAUCAAAGAAUAUUAGAAUAUUUUAUAUCAGAAUUCAAAAAAAAAGAAAAUAUUGAUUUAAAAAAUGAUAAGUUAGCUUUACAAAGAUUAAGAGAAGCAGCAGAAACAGCAAAAAUUGAAUUAUCAAGUAAGACACAAACAGAAAUUAAUUUGCCAUUUAUAACAGCAAAUCAAACAGGCCCAAAACAUUUACAAAUUAAAUUAACACGUGCAAAGUUAGAAGAAUUAUGUCAUGAUUUAUUAAAAGGAACUAUUGAACCAUGUGAAAAAUGUAUUAAAGAUGCAAAUGUAAAAAAAGACGAAAUUAAUGAAAUUAUUUUAGUUGGUGGUAUGACAAGAAUGCCAAAAGUAUCUGAAACAGUGAAACAAAUUUUUCAAAAUAAUCCAUCAAAAAGUGUUAAUCCAGAUGAAGCAGUUGCGUUAGGAGCAGCAAUUCAAGGAGGUGUGUUAAAGGGAGAAAUAAAAGAUUUAUUAUUAUUAGACGUUAUUCCUUUAUCUUUAGGAAUAGAAACAUUAGGAGGAGUUUUUACGAAAUUAAUUAACAGAAACACAACAAUUCCAACAAAAAAAUCACAAAUAUUUUCAACAGCAGCUGAUAAUCAAACACAAGUUAGUAUUAAAGUUUAUCAAGGAGAAAGAGAAAUGGCAUGUGAUAAUAAAUUAUUAGGUUCAUUUGAUUUAGUUGGUAUCCCACCUGCACCUAGAGGAGUUCCACAAAUAGAGGUUACAUUUGAUGUUGAUGCUAAUGCAAUUAUUAAUAUAUCAGCUAUUGAUAAAAUGACUAAUAAAAAACAACAAAUUACUAUUCAAAGUAGCGGUGGUUUAAGUAAAGAAGAAAUCGAAAGAAUGGUUCAAGAAGCUGAAUUAAACAGAGAAAAGGAUCAACUCAAAAAAAACUUAACAGAUGCUAAAAAUGAAGCUGAAACAUUAAUUUAUAGCUCUGAAAAACAAUUAGAUGACUUCAAAGAUAAAAUUUCAGAUACAGACAAAGAUGAAUUAAAACAAAAAGUUUCUUUAUUAAGAGAAAAAUUAUCUUCUGAAGAUUUAGAUGCAAUUAAAGAUGCAACUAAACAAUUACAAGAAAAGUCAUGGGCAAUUUCACAAGAAAUGUAUAAAAAUAAUGCAAAUCAAAAUACACAAGAGCAACCAAAAAAUGAAAAUAAGACAGAAGAAAAUAAAGACAAUGCAUAA